AAACGCGCGCUCACACACACACCGUGACACACGCGAUUCCGUGAAGAACGAGGAGGACUGUCUUGCAAACCAAGUUUUUUCCUUUGAUGAAAGUGCUGCUGGAAAAUUGUUAAUUUUCACCCGGAAAAAAGAAUCCAAAAUGUCCAACAACGGAGCACACCGGCACCGCUACAAGAAUGUCGGCCUCGACUCGACGGAGAUGCGGCGUCGGCGCGAGGAGGAGGGCAUCCAGCUGCGCAAGCAAAAGCGCGAACAGCAACUGAUCAAGCGACGAAACGUGAACGUGGCCGACGAGGAGCAGGACCCGGACGCGAUCGUCACGGACGAAGCCCAAUCCUCGGAACAGCACCCCCAGAUCAAGGCGGAAACCAUCCAGGGGCUGUACAGUACCAACGUCGAGGACCAGCUGGCCGCGACCCAGAAGUUUCGCAAACUGCUCUCGAAGGAACCGAACCCGCCGAUCGAUCUGGUCAUCCAGCACAACAUCGUGCCCCGGUUCGUGGAGUUCCUGGCCAACACGACCAACUCGACCCUGCAGUUUGAGGCGGCCUGGGCGCUGACCAACAUUGCCUCGGGCACGUCAGAGCAGACGAGCGUGGUGAUAGCGGCGGGCGCCGUGCCGAUCUUCAUCCAGCUGCUCGAGAGUCCCCACAUUGACGUGCAGGAGCAGGCCGUUUGGGCGCUGGGCAAUAUCGCCGGUGACUCGCCCGAGUGCCGGAACUUUGUGCUGGACUCGGGCGUGCUCGAGCCGCUGCUGCACGUACUGAGCUCAUCAACGCGACUCAACCUGACACGGAACGCCGUUUGGGCGCUGUCGAAUCUGUGCCGCGGCAAGAAUCCACCGCCAGACUUUUCCAAGGUCGAGAAGGGGCUGCCGAUUUUGGCCCGGCUGAUGUUCCACAGUGACGUGGAAGUGCUGGGCGAUGCCGUGUGGGCCGUGAGCUAUCUGUCGGAUGGCCCGAACGACAAUAUUCAGGCCGUCAUCGAGGCUGGCUGCUGUCGGAGGCUGGUGGAGUUGCUGCUACACAAUAAUAACAACGUCGUCUCGGCGGCUUUGCGCGCCGUCGGCAACAUCGUGACCGGAAAUGACAACCAGACGCAGCUGAUCUUGAACUGUAACGCCUUACCGUGCAUCCUGCAGCUGCUGAGCUCGCAGAAGGAAACGAUCCGGAAGGAGGCCUGCUGGACCAUUUCGAAUAUUGCCGCCGGCAACCGGCAACAGAUUCAGGCCGUCAUCGACGCCCAGAUCUUCCCGAGCAUCGUCGACCUGCUGUCGAAGGCGGACUUUAAGACGCGAAAAGAGGCUGCGUGGGCGAUCACGAACGCGACCAGCGGCGGCACGAUGGACCAGAUCAAGUACCUGGUUCAAUCCGGCUGUGUACCUCCCAUGUGCGAACUGCUGACCGUGAUGGACCCCAAGAUUGUGACGGUCGCGCUGAACGGUCUUGAAAACAUCCUCAAGGCGGGCAACCAGCACAAGAUCAAGCCGAACCCGUACGCUGUCCUGAUCGAGGAGUGUUACGGUCUGGACAAAAUCGAAUUCCUGCAGUCCCAUCAGAAUAACGAGAUCUACGAAAAGUCCUUCAGCAUCAUCCAGACGUACUUCAGCAACGACGAGGAGGACGUGGCCGUGGCGCCAUCCGCCGAGAACAACCAGUUCCAGUUCAACGCCGAUCAGUCAGUGCCAAUGGACGGUUAUCAGUUUUAAGUGCGCGUGCCGUUUCUUCAUCAAACAUCCGACAGACUCUCAGACAACUCAAAGAAACCCCGGACCGGACAUUUUUUUUUGCGAAACAGGGAAACCCAGCCCCGGACCGGACACCUUUUGAAACUGGACGCAUGUCACAAAUAGGAUUUCACACUCGUUGACACAAAUUUAUUUCGGAAAGCAUACACAGCGCGCAGAACGACACAGAUGACGAGAAGUAUGUAGCCUUUGACCACCUGUUUUGUGACGUGGGCGGCGCUGAAAGCGCGCGUCCCUCCCCCUCCUUUCUAAAGCAUUCUUCCCUCGUAGUGCGGGGAAGGGACAGGAUAAUACAGAACACAUAUAUUUGAAACAGAAAACAAAACAAUACUAUCUUUGGUAAAGUAUAUAUUAGUGGAUCGUUUCAUACCCAAAAGAAGAAGCAUCAAAUUGACCCUCCGUUGUUGGGGUAAUUUGAGCCCCCUCCGUAAAAAUAAAUACCUACAAAAAAAAAAAACAAUAGUGUGAAACGUGCAGCAAAACAACCAAUAA